GAAUACAUGCGGUUUGCUCCAGCUCUAGUGUUAGUUGUAAUCCUCUUUUUAUUUUCUUGAAUACAGUAGACUACCGACGCAAUCAAAAUACUGUUAUUUUCAAAAAAAAAAAAAAAAAAAAAAAAAAACAUUAUGUUUCUAAUAAGUUAAAGAUGGAUUCCGUAAAGCAUCAUAAAUUUCAUGUGGAAUAUGAUGAAAAGCUUAAACCUGAAGAUGUUCAUUUUUCAGAAUUUGAGCAUAAGAAAGAUGAAAGCUGUGAUAUUUCUAUCAAAAGUGCUUCCACUUCUCAAAUUGAUCAGAGUAGACUUAUAGUUAGAAAAGUCUACAAAACCAAUGAAAGCUCUUAUGAAAAGUCAGAAAAAUCUACUUAUUUUCAAGAUGACUUGCAUCAAGAAUUUCGUCUAAAAUCAAAAAAAUUUGAUGAGGUAAAUCAAGACUUAAGAUCAGAUGAACGGAGGAGGAGAUAUCUUACACUGGGUGUGGAGUUUAUGUUAUAUAUAGUUAUGAUUGGACAUGUGGUGCUAUGCCCUUACACAAAAGUAGAAGAAAGUUUUAAUCUUCAAGCAAUUCAUGAUCUUUUAUACCAUGGAUCAAACAUUUCUCAAUAUGAUCAUCUAGAAUUUCCUGGUGUUGUGCCUCGUACAUUUAUUGGACCAUUAACAGUUGCAGCUUUAUCUUAUCCUUUCUUAUAUAUAAAUUUGAUUUUAGACAUGGGAAAAAUUUUCAUGCAGUAUACAGUUCGAAUAAUGUUGGGGACUUUAGUAUUGGCAGCAUUUCACAAGUUUAAAGAAGCCAUAGCUAAACAAUAUGGUUCAAUGGUAUCUCUUUGGUUACAAAUAAUAACAGCUUCUCAGUUCCAUGUAAUGUUCUACAUGUCCAGGCCAUUACCAAAUACUUUUGCUUUGGUCCUAGCCCUUUUUGCUUUUCAUUAUUGGCUGACAAGAAAUCAAAGGAUGUUUCUGUUCACGUCAGCAGCUGCUGUCAUUGUCUUCCGUGCUGAAUUAUCAAUUCUUCUAGGUCUUAUAGCAUUAGGAGAAAUAAUAUCUGGCCGUUUAAAUAUUUUAUCUGUUAUAUGCUGGGGUUUACCAUCUGGAUUUUGGAUGUUAGGUUUAACUGUUUGCAUAGAUUCAUAUUUUUGGGUUCGUCCAGUUUGGCCAGAAGGAGAAGUUCUGUGGUUCAAUGUUUUUUUGAAUAAGAGCUCUGAGUGGGGAAUAUCACCAUGGGCAUGGUAUUUUUAUUCAGCUUUACCACGAGCUCUAUUGAUGUCAAUUAUUUUCAUUCCAUUUGCAUUUUUAUUAGAUUAUCGAAUAAGAGCAUUGUUGUAUCCAGUUUUUGGUUUUAUUGUUGUCUACUCUUUCUUACCUCAUAAAGAACUGAGGUUCAUUAUAUACACCAUUCCACUCUUAAAUGUUGCUGCUGCAAGAACAUGUGCACAUAUUUGGAAUAACAGGAUGCACUCUUCAAUGCAGGGUGUAUUACUUCAUUUCACAUGUCUUCAUAUUAUAUUAAACCUCUGUGCUACUGCUCUUAUUUUAAAUAUUUCAUAUUUUAAUUAUCCUGGUGGAUAUGCAAUGGCAAAACUGCAUUUGAUUGAAGAAGGAGAAAAAGAUUUAAAUAUACAUAUAGAUGUUUAUAGUGCUCAGACUGGUGUAUCUCGUUUCACAGAACUGAAUUCAAAUUGGAAGUACAAUAAAACUGAAAAUUUACCUCUUGGAGGGGUUGAAAUUAUGCAGUUCACUCACCUAUUAGUGGAAUGGCCUAAUGAUAUUGAAAAUUCACAGUUGCCUUACCUAACUACACAUUCAGUCUUAAACAUUACUCAUGGCUAUUCACAUUGGGGAUUGGACUUUUCAACAUUUCCUCCUAUUCAAGUGUUUCUGAGACCACGCAUAUUAAUAAUGAAAAGAAAUCUCUCUUAUCCAUCACUAAUAUUGAAUGUUACCAAUAUAAAAACUCUCAAAAGUUGAUUUUAUAUAUUUGUGUGUAAGCAUAAUUUAAAAAAUAAACAUGUAUUUUAUUUUGAAA